CGUAGUUCCAGACGGGACACUUCCGCUGCGACACACAAGCUUUGCGUCAUUUCCUGUCCCCCCUGAUAAAGACGCCCCGGCGGGAGCUCCGCGGGUGAAUAUUUUUGGUUUGUUCGGUGAAUCCGUGGAGAAUCGGAGCCAUCAGAACCGCAGACAUGACGGUGGGAAAGAGCAGUAAGAUGCUGCAGCACAUCGACUUCAGGAUGAGGUGCAUCCUCCAGGACGGACGCAUCUUCAUCGGCACCUUCAAGGCCUUCGACAAACACAUGAACCUGAUCCUGUGCGACUGCGACGAGUUCAGGAAGAUCAAGCCCAAGAACUCGAAGCAGCCGGAGCGCGAGGAGAAGAGGGUUCUGGGCCUGGUCCUGCUGAGGGGGGAGAACCUGGUGUCCAUGACGGUGGAGGGCCCCCCUCCUAAAGAUACGGGGAUCGCCAGGGUGCCGCUGGCGGGCGUGGCCGGAGGUCCUGGCGUGGGCCGGGCGGCGGGUCGCGGCGUCCCUGCAGGAGCUCCGAUGCCUCAGGCCCCCGCUGGACUGGCGGGGCCUGUCAGAGGGGUGGGCGGCCCUUCCCAGCAGGUGAUGACCCCCCAGGGAAGAGGAACAGUUGCAGCAGCAGCAGCGGGCGCCAGCAUCGCCGGGGCCCCCACCCAGUACCCACCUGGGCGAGGAGCUCCGCCCCCCAUGGGACGAGGAGCCCCCCCUCCAGGUAUGAUGGGCCCCCCUCCCGGCAUGCGGCCCCCCAUGGGCCCCCCGAUGGGGAUGCCUCCAGGUCGAGGAGCUCCAAUGGGCAUGCCCCCCCCAGGCAUGAGGCCGCCUCCCCCUGGCAUGAGAGGACCACCCCCUCCCGGGAUGAGACCCCCCCCUCGACCCUAGAGAAGCUCCACCCCCCCCGGGAUGAAACCGCCCCCUCUGCCCUGGAGAAGCUCCGCCCCCUCUUCCACAUGUUGUACAGAUUGUUUACCUCCUGAGUUGUUUUUUAAUAAAGUUUUCUCAGUUUGAUCCA